UGGUGACCCGGAAGUUGUACUUGCAACUGCGGCUUUCUUUCUCCCACAAUACCUCGCGCUCUUCCUUUCUAACUUGGACCCGGCAGAAUGGCUCCCGCAAAGAAGGGUGGCGAGAAGAAAAAGGGCCGUUCUGCCAUCAACGAGGUGGUGACCCGAGAAUACACCAUCAACAUUCACAAGCGCAUCCAUGGAGUGGGCUUCAAGAAGCGUGCCCCUCGGGCACUCAAAGAGAUUCGGAAAUUUGCCAUGAAGGAGAUGGGAACUCCAGAUGUGCGCAUUGAUACCAGGCUCAACAAAGCUGUCUGGGCCAAAGGAAUAAGGAAUGUCCCAUACCGAAUCCGUGUGCGGCUGUCCAGAAAACGUAAUGAGGAUGAAGAUUCACCAAAUAAGCUCUACACUUUGGUUACCUAUGUACCUGUUACCACUUUCAAAAAUCUACAGACAGUCAAUGUGGAUGAGAACUAAUUGCUGAUCAUCAAAUACAUCAAAUAAAGUUAUAAAAUUGACU